AUGGCUACUGUAAACCGGUUUUGUACUGUACUGGUUGUAGAGCGUAGAGGUGUUCUGAGUGCUCAGCUCGUGACGAGCGUGACAGAGGUGCUCGAUUCCUUCAGCUCGCUUCCAUUAUGCCAGGCAUCAAUAAUGCUCACUGAAGCGUUGAAGUGCGCCUCCCAGUCACUCUGCCUGCCAGGUCUCUCAUACUCAUCUUCUGUCACCGCAUUGUGUCACAAUACACGAACAAGUCAAAAUACUACUGGCUCCGGUCCUGAUGACUUCAGAUCCAGCCACGACGGGCUGCUCAUUGCCAUCGUUUCUCGCCAUUCAGUAUCCACCCUCUUCCACAGCACCUCAAAAUGCCACACUGUGCUCGCUGCCCUCGGCUAA